CCAUCUUCCGUCUUCCGUCUGACAGUCUUGUCGCAUGUUUCCCGUUUUCCGUUUCCCGUUUCCCGAAUCCUCGUAUUCCAGUUCCCUGAUUGACCGGCGCAAAAAACACAAUCCUAGCACUGCCAACCCUUGCAGCGCCUCCUCAUCCGCCGCCUCCUCUGCUCCCCCGUCCACUCCUCGCUCCGUCGCUUGUCUCGUGUCUCGUGUCUCUCUCCCACUCCUAUCACGGCUGCGACUUGACGACGACCUUCCCUCCGCCCAGGUCUGACCUGACACACGCAGCCUCACACGCAGCCUCGCUUGCUUGCUCACGCACCUCACACGCGCAUACAGGCAACCAUGGUGUCAACGGCUGGAGGCAUUAUCAUUGCCAUCGUCGUGCUGCUCCUCGCGGCCGCCAUCGGCUGGAUCGUCUUUACCCAGCUGCGCGCCCGCAGACUCGGUCUCCCGCCGCCCAGCUUAGCAUCAUAUCUGCCAUGGCAUAAAGAAGAGAAUUCCUACGGUCCUCCACGGCCGGCCCCCGGCGGUGUCGUCGGUUGGUUCAACGACCAGGUCCGCAAGUUCAAGAACCGCAACAACCGCUCGGCCGCUGGUGCCUACGAGCAGGACCAACCCGAUGGACCCCGCGGACGCCGCGGUUUCGGUCCCCUCGACCCCGAUGAUGCCUGGGAUACCCGCGUUGGCCCUGGCGCCGACUCCUACGGCUAUGACGAAGAGGAGGUUGGUGGCGGCCGCGACGGCCGGGGCAACGAGUACAGCGGUGGUAGCUACAGGAUGAACGUCGCCGCGCCGCCGAGCAGUGGUGCCCGAGGCUUGGGGCACGACGACGAAGAGGAUCGAGGACGAAGGGCAAGCCGAAGCCCCGGCUCCGGACCCGGCGGAAGGAACCCCUUUGACGACGAUUCAGCCAUGAGCCUACGCGGCGUGAGCCCACGACCCAUCGAGACGAACUUGCCGGCCAAACAAAAGGGUCAUCAUGACCCCGACAGUGCAGGCAGCAGCCCGACGGAGCGGAGAUCGGUGUUUAGGGAAAAUGUGUAAAGCGAUUUUAACUGGACAAAAGCUACGGGGAUAUCACCAUCCUGUGCGACUGCAAUCACUUGGGUGAAGCUUGUUGGUAUACCAAACAUGGAGGAUGGGCUGAUCUUGGGGCCAGGAGAUGGCAAAAGACUGCGUGGGCAGGACCCUGUCCGUUUUGGCACGCUUCUCUCGCUGGGUUCUUCUUUUAUCCGAGCAAUGUGUGGGCUCAAGGACGGCUAUUCUGCUUCGGAACUUGCUGGGUGGACCUUUGCUAUAUAUCAUGGCCUGUGUUUCUUUUUUUCUUUUUUACAGCUUGACUCAACGCACAAAUGUAUUUUGUCGGGUAUGUAAAGGUACCUGUGGAUGGAUGUCAAAUGGACGGCGUUUGAUGAAGGACCGGGAGGGUCUGUAUGAGAUUUUGAAUGAACAUGUUAAUAUCCUUGCCAAGGGUCGGGGGAAACUGCAACAGGACCCAGCAUAA